CUAUCUUGUAAUCCUGUUCUACAAAGUAGUGUGGAGUGCUGGAAAUGUGGUAGUUGAGAAAGUGAACACAAUGCAGCUGUCACAACCACCAUGGGACAUGCAGCUUCAAGGUGAUAUCUUGUGGGUUUUACAACCAGUGGAAGGAGAUACACUAGUUCCAUACUCUGUCUCCUACAAACAAGAAGAUUUUCAGGUUGAAAAGACCUCAGAUAAAAAGACAAUGGAAUUAGCAGAAACUGUGAAUAAAAACUGGGACUUUUUCAAAGGAUCUGUUGGACAGGAAAGUAACUUCCAGUUACUGUUUAAAGCAUACAAAAACAGAAAGGACAAUAUGCAAGAUUAUUUGGAAAGAAAACGACAAAGACUGGCACAGACGCCUUUAAAAAAGGAAAAACAGUCUAGAAGAAACAAACAAAGAAGAAGGAAGGAAAAGGAGGGUGAUGCUGCAGAAAAAGAAGGCAGUGAAGAUGUAGAAGGAGGGACAAACUCGGACAGUAUUGCAGAGCCAGAGCCUAAGAUUCUGAAAGCUAGCUGACAGCUAAGAAAAAAUAUCUUAAGGGUGACAGAAAGAUAAACUGUUUUAAAUAGUACAUCUUUCUCUUACUGUUAAACACUAUGUAAUUGAGACACAUGUAUGUGUUACAUGCCUGUCAAAAGCAGAACACUUCUUGAAUGAUUUUCUUGUUCUUUAUAAAUGUCACAAUAAUGAUAUAUUUUGAUACUGUU